AUGGAGAGUACCAGAGUGUUUGUGGGUGGUCUUCCACCAACAUGCUCUAAUGAGCAGCUUAAAAAACAUUUUGGAACACACUUUCAAGUCACAGACGCUCAUGUCCUACCUAAACGUAGGAUGGGGUUUGUCGGCUUCAAAAGUCAUGAAGCAGCCCUCCAAGCUGUCAAGCACUUCAACAAGACAUACAUGAAGAUGUCGAAGAUUGCUGUAGACAUCGCUCGUCCGAUUGAAUCGAAUGCCGCCGAAGAUGCCCACCCUACACGCAAGCGUAACAUGACGCAUGAUAAUGAUGCAUCGUCAGACAGUAACCUCAAGCGCAAGAGGGUUGGCGAGGACAAGUCACAGGACCCCAAGUUGCAAGAGUACCUCUCUCUGAUGGGGUCAUCAAAGACUCGGACAUGGGCCAACGAUGACGAUAUGAUCAAGCCGUCUGCGGAUACAGUCCCUGUUAUUAACCAACCUGCCCAGGAAGAAACACAGCAUGAGGAGCUGCCUUCACACCCUAAGAAGGCCAAAACAGAAAAGCCCCCCACGGUAUCAAAACCCGAACAAUCUGAACCCAUGGUCAUUGACAGGAGAGAGACCCAAGAGACACCGGCGGAGGACAACUCCGCGGUGCCUGAAGUGGAGACUGCGCCCAUGUCCGAUGCCGAUUGGCUCCGUUCUAAGACCAGUCGUCUCUUGGGCCUUCUUGAUGAUGAUGAGCAGGAAGAGUUUGAUCAACACAAGACCGUUGCAACAGCUGUUGCACCAGCUAAUGUUCGCUCACGGUCUUCCUCGCCUGUUGAGUCUCCGCAGUACGAAGAGGAAUCUCGUACCGCGGCCGUUGAGAACAUUGCACCCAACACAACCGACGGUGAAAACAUCACAGAGGCAGCAGUGGACGACCCUAACAUAGACCUUAUUCGGGCUUCCGCUCGUCUGUUCCUCAGAAACCUUGCAUACGACACAACAGAAUCGGAUCUUCAGCCCAUAUUUGACCGUUUUGGAAAGAUUGAAGAGAUUCAUGUUGCUUUCGACACCCGUUCUACGACUAGCAAAGGCUUUGCUUAUGUGCAGUACGCCGAUGCCGAUGCGGCCAUUGAUGCUUACCAGACCCUCGAUGGGAAGCAUUUCCAGGGUCGACUGCUCCACAUCUUGCCAGCUUCUGCGAAGAAAACCUACAAGAUUGACGAGUAUGAACUAUCCAAGCUUCCUCUGAAGAAGCAAAGGGAGAUCAAGCGGAAACAGAAUGCCUCUUCUUCUUCCUUCAGCUGGAACUCCUUGUAUAUGAACGCCGAUGCUGUGAUGUCAUCAGUGGCUUCAAGGCUUGGGGUCUCCAAAUCUGAAUUGCUUGAUCCCACCUCCUCAGACGCGGCUGUCAAGCAAGCACAUGCUGAAACACAUGUCAUUCAAGAAACGAAAGCCUAUUUUGCCUCCAACGGGGUAAACAUUGAUGCCUUCAAGCAGCGUGAACGUGGGAAUACAGCUAUUCUAGUCAAGAACUUCUCAUACGGUGUCAAGUCGGAAGACCUCAGGACUCUGUUCGAGCAGUAUGGCAAGAUCACCCGGCUGUUGAUGCCGCCAAGUGGCACCAUUGCCAUUGUGGAAUUUGCGCGAGCGGAUGAAGCACAAAAGGCUUUCAAGGGGAUGGCUUACCGCAAGAUGGGUGAUUCCAUCUUGUUCCUGGAGAAAGCACCCAAGAACUUGUUCGAAGGUGCCGCAGCUCCACGUGCAAUCGCUCCCGGGGAGACUCGGGGCAAGGACCAAGGAUUCUCGACUGCCGACACAUUUGCCGCAGACGAGCCUGAUGACAGCGUAGCAACCUCUACACUCUUUGUAAAGAAUCUGAACUUCGCAACGACCAAUGAGAAGUUUGUGGAGGUGUUCCGAGCGUUGGAUGGCUUCAUCACCGGUCGCAUCAAGACCAAACCUGAUCCCAAGCGACCGGGUCAGACCCUCAGCAUGGGAUUCGGAUUCGCGGACUUCAAGACCAAGGCCCAGGCUCAGGCUGCUCUUGCAGCUAUGAACGGCUACAAGUUAGAUCAACACGAGCUUCUCAUCCGUGCAGCACACAAGGGCAAGGAUGCUGCCGAGGAACGCAGGCGCGAAGAUACCGCGAAGAAGGUCGCAGCGCGGAGAACCAAGAUCAUCAUCAAGAACUUACCGUUCCAGGCUACCAAGAAGGACAUCCGAUCCCUAUUCGGGGCUUAUGGACAGCUUCGGUCUGUGCGUGUUCCUCAAAAAUUCGAUCGCACUGCUCGUGGUUUCGGUUUCGCCGACUUUGUAAGUGCUCGCGAAGCGGAGAAUGCCAUGGACGCGUUGAAAAACACACAUCUGUUGGGCAGAAGACUGGUUUUGGAGUUCGUGAACGAGGAGGCUGUCGAUCCCGAGGAGGAACUUGCGCGCUUAGAAAAGAAGGUAGGAGAGCAAGUGGACAGGGUCAAGCUUCAACAGCUCACUUCUGGCGCCGGUCGCAAAAAAUUCACUGUAGGAGGCCAGGAGGAAGAGUGA